AUGGCGGAUUACGUGACGGAGCAGGUCGGAAAUCUGGUGAAGAAGCUGUCGGUGCACCUGCAUCGCAAGGCCUCCGAGGUCGUCAUGCUCCUCUUCAGCAACAAGGUCUUCUGCCUCGUCGUCCCCCUUCUACACCCUCCGUUUUUUGUUAAUUGUUUCCCGCUGAGGUAGAGUCUGCUCGUCUUCCCACAUCGUAGGAUCUUCCUUUUCCUGCUCCUGAAUUUUUUCUGCCGCUAAUCCGUGGCGUCUCGAUUAGCUCCUCUUCGAAACCCCUCGUCGUAUGCAAGUGAAUUUUUAUUUAUCUGAAGGGAUUUCGAAGUGAGAUGGCAAAUUGUUCCUUGGAAGGCAGCGUCUGAUAGAUUUGUAGUAGGCUUUUCCGCCGACUGCCUUAUCUUUUUUUUUUGUUUUGGUGUUGGUUGGACAUUCAGGGUGCUGGAUCACUUGGGGCAUUAGCUGGGUUCGCCAUUGCGAUAGUUUUUACUUGGAAGUUCUUGAGAUCGCCGACCGGCAGGUCCGGGAGGAAUCGGCCUAAGCGGACAAAUCCUGGGGCCACAAGCAGCGGCGUUAACGUAGCAAGGGAAGCUGCUCCAGAUUCCGAGGUUCACUCAUCCCAGCUAAGCUUAACGGACCUCCACGCAGUAGAUUCCAAGGAUCUCCCGGUUGAGGUGAGAAUUAUCAAUCCAUAUUUACGUUUAUGAAUUUUUUUUUCUCUUAUUUCAUCGGUCGAUGCCAGAACAACAUUUUGAAUUCGUGUUGUUGGUCACGAUUUUGCUACAGCUCACACUUGGGCAGAUGGUGAGGAAGAAACUAAAUGGUGGUAGAAAGGUAUGCAUCCACGUUUUCUCGCUGCCUUUAGUCAAAGAUUUAUGGCAUCGUUGAGGACAUAUGAUUGAAGGCAUUUACAUCACAGCCUCUCUAAUGGGGGGUUGUCAAUCACACAACAUGCAAUGGGCUUUCCAUUACUUCUCCAAAAGCUGCCAUUGAUUCUACUUCCUUCCUUUCCUACUUAUCUUCCAUUUUAAAUGUGCCUCCCAGGCCACUGUGGCCUUCCUUCAAAGACAACCUUAUGACCUUGGCGGGCAGAUGAAAGCUGUGUGCCUAAUCUCUGUCUGAGCUGUCCGAGCUCCUGUGGAUCCCCCUUACGUCGUCCUCUUUACUGUGCAAACUUCUUCCUCUCCGAGUGACUGUGGAGCCUUCACUUGCAGUCGUAGUCUCCCAUCUAUCUUGAAGUAGUUAACCCACCCAAUGGUGACCCGUGGCCUGUAACCAAUUACUAGGCCUGAAGCCACGCAACCUGCUGGAUCCGUGAGAACUCUAAUUCAGAAAUAAUAUGAAGGAGAGUGAGGUGAGGUUGGAAUUGAUUCUCCUUAGUAAUUCAUCACUGAAAGCCUCAGAUUUCUCUUAUUUAACGAACAUACGUAAGUCAGAAUGAAUCAAUUCAUCCGCAUCUGUUUACAUCAGACUGUAUCUGCGAGCCUCUUCUUCAGUAAUUAUGCUGAUUUUGAGUAGUCACUGAUUGUCACACCUGGAAAUUGGAAAGAUAGCCGUUUAUGUAGAGAAUCAUUUUUUUAUUUAUCCAAAGUAAUAUGGAUGAAAGCAACACGGGAUACUAAAUGGAUGGUGAAACUGCAUGAUAGUGAGUAUUUUAGACUUAUUUUACCUCAUUUCCUUGUUAAUUAUUGGAUUGAUAGUGAAAGCUAAAUUCUGAGAAAUUAUAUACUUCAGGGAACUUAAUGUCUAAUUUUUUAUCAGCUUUUCGGCUGACUUUUAUGGAUAAAGCCUCUGCGCAUCCGCUAUCUUGGCUUAGCUUGUGCAUUAAAGGUUCCGUUCUUUCAUUUUCCUUUCUUCCAUGGGUUAAUACAUGACACUAUGGAUAAAUUCAACAUUUUUUCUGAACCCAUUCAUCUCUCGAAUUUUUUUUCGAUGGGCCUCUUUAUAGUCUUCAUGCCAGCAGCCCUUCUCUUAGGCCUGUUUGCUGAUUCACGGUGCGUUAGCAGCUCUCAUUGUAUAUUAGAAGCUCCGACUGUCAGCUUGGCUGGCUUGUUUGAUGCGUUUUCAGUACCUGAUUCAGAAUCAGGUCUAGAAGAAUCCCACGAAAAUUCUUUCCCUGUAGGAAAGUUACCUGCUCAGUUGCACUGUUUAAGCGCAUGCAUCCAGAGUACAGUCUUAACCAGUUUUACUCUGAAAAGAGCCUAGACAGCCUGGACAACAAGGGACGGGAGAGUGUCGUGUUUGGAUUGCAAUAUUUGUCUGAGGAACUAUCAUCAUAGGAGAAAUUUGUAAAGAAAAUAUCAUUUAAUCGAAAUCCUUGUACGAAUGACAAUAGAAAGCAAAGAAUAACUGUAAAGUGAAGAGAAAUACCCCAUAAAAAAUCGAGAAUUCUAGGAGCUGAAGAGGAUGGGAACUGAACUGAUCUGUGGGACCAACUUCUUUUCUCUUCUCCAUCAAUUUCUUUCUUGUGAUGCUUUCCCUCUCCUGCUUAUUUUAUAAACAGGUUCCUUCAUGUAUUGCACCAAAUCGAUCAGUUAUCUCUCUUCUGGCUUGAUUCCAUUUUUUUUUUCUACGAUGCGCAUGGAGGAACCUACCUUGAAUAGUUCUCUUUUAUCUUAUUUCCGACAGGUGCCACUGCCACAUGCAUUCAAUAUAUAUUUUCUAUAGUCCACCCUUCACUCUAUAAUUCUUAUCUUUGCCUCAGGUGAUUUCUUCACGGACAACAUUUUUCUAUGUGCUAAGCAGCUCUUAUAACCAUCUUAACCUAGAUUUCUGUUAAUGCGAGAAAUAUUCUCCAUUUUAUUUGCCCUAUCUUUAUUCUUGACAAAUAAUUCUCCGUGUACAUUCCUCUCUCUUUGCAGCACAAUUUCCAGUGAUACACACCCAUAGUGAUUGGAUGCUUAUUUAGACACGAGAACUUCUUAUGCACGGAAUUUCGUGAUUCUUGAAUGUGGCACAUCAUCUACUACAAUCAAUCCGCAUGGUGAAGAUUGAUACGUGAUUGGCAUUGCUGUAUGCACACGGAGAUCAUGCCAUUGGUGUUAACUUGGAUGGUCUUGACUAGCUUUGGAGAUGACCACCCAACCCCUACCUCCGGAAAAAUCAUUAGACUCACUGACAAAAAGUGUGUUCUUAGCCUGUUUGAUCGAUCAUACUUCUGUUCCAUAAUUGGUUUCUUUUUUUUUUUUUGGGGGGGGGGGGGGGGGUUAAAUGGCAUUGGUUGAUGCAAGAUGGCUAUUAAUUUUUUGUAGCAGCACAUGCUCUUUAGAGAAUAACGCAUGCAUCACAUGAGAUGGAACGACAUAUCUGGAUAUCAAAGCUACAGACAUUUAAGAUCCCUACCUGAUCAUUGGAUUUCGUAACGCAGGUCACUUGCCAACUUCUUGGUGUGGUUCUAGAGGAGACAACUCCCGACGAGCUUCAGGUUUUUUCAGUAAUAUCUCUGAUCUUUUAAGGCUCGUCUUGGGCAGGAGUCUGAUGAUGUAAACCUCCUGCAGAUGCAUGCCACUGUGAGACACUCUGUGAAGGAAGUUUUACUUGAAAUAGCUAGAUCCUGCGAUGUUUAUCUGAUGGAAACCGUUAAUGAUGAUGAAAGCGAGGUGAUCACUGCUCAUCUAUUUAUACCUUCAUUAAGAUAAAUAUUCUCUAAUGUUACUUAAACUGUAACUAUGUUAUAUCUCGUGAAUUUUAUUUUAUUUUUACAUUUUUUCUCCAACAUAGUCCCUCUUGUGGGUCUGCUCCCCUUGCUCUGUACAUGCAACGGGUUAUUAAAUUCAUUCAUUUCCCAGAAAAGGCAUUUUGAAUCUAUCUGAUCUCAUGAUCAGAUACUGACAGCGACUGGCUAUAAAGCUUCAGUAUACUGGAAAUAGAAGCUAAUAGCAGGUGUUUUAUGCCACAGGAGAGAGCCCUUGCAGCAUUGAAGGGCGCCGGCUUGUUCGACUCUGGCCUGUUGAUAAAAGAGAAGGUGAGUCGAAGGUUGACCAGAAAAAAAUUAUCACUCUCGUAUAUGUUCUUCUCAGUCUGUCAUGUCAAUCUUUUUGUGUGCAUGAUUAUCUCAUCGUCAAUUUCUAUUUAUGAGUAGUUUUAUGAGAUUUAGUCUCCUUAGAAUGCGGAGACGAGCUUUUUUAGCUAUUUACAAUUUGAUGAUGCUGAACGCAUAAAUUUAAGUCUUAUUAUGAAUAAAUUCGUUGACUGGGCCGUGCAGCUUAUCUCCAAAGGGCCUGCUUAUAUAUAUAUAUAUAUAUUUCUACAUAGAAAAUGUAUAUAUAACGUAGAUUAUGUUUUUUUGUAUUAUCUUUCAGCUUUUUUUCCUUAUAAUGUAGAUAAAGAAAACCAGCUAUUUUGCUGGGCAUUCCCUGAUUCAAAUCCUCUUGUUUAUCUCGUGAGGAUUAGUCUCCCGUUGACCUAAAAAUAUGACCAAGUGCUUUCCCGGCCGUCUCCUUGACUUCCGAUUCCAGGUCCUCUUCUGUGGCACUGAGAAUGGAAGGUCCUCUUUCGUCAGACAGCUGGAACCCGACUGGCACAUCGACACGAACCCUGCUGUCAUCCACAAUCUCUCUGUGAGCCCCCUCCCUCACUCUCUCUCUCUAUGAUCGCAUCAGGUGCGUUGAUUUUCCUCACUAAGACCUCCCGGCCGUCUGCAGCGGUUCAUCAGAUUCCAGCUUCAAAUUGGGCCGGCUGCGGCUUUGAGCACCGCCCCUACCAACAUCUUCUCCUCUGCGAGCUUGGAGCGGUACUUCUCUCUCUAG